UCAGCCAAUCAAACGGCUCUCGCGCGUGUGUUUUGAAACGGAGGCAGUUUUAACCGUCCUGCCCCGCUACCGUCCACAGUGCGAGAGACAUUAAACGUGUGUUUUGGUUUCUUCUUUCAAACGGAAUAACCUAACGACGAACAUGGAUUUCCUGGAUAACAAGAAAUAUGCCGAGUUGCAGAGUAUCGCCAAGGAUCUUGGACUCAAAGCGAACAUGAAAGCCGAUAAGCUUCUGAAAGCGAUCAAGCAGUAUUAUGAAGAACAAAAGAACAAAGAAGAUCAGGACGCGGCUGCUGUGCAACAGAACGAGAGCGCAGCCCAGGAUCACGCUCCGAAAUUCAAAUCUUCACCAUGCGAGGAAGACAUUUCCAGCACCACUGUGUUUGUGAACACACGCCGAGGCAAGCGAAAUGGUACCAAGAGAAAGAUCUCUAGUACGGGGCCAGUGACUGAGUGUGAUCCCAAGGCUGAUGGUGAAGUGGCUGUAUCUGAUGUACCUGGUGAUGCUAAGGGUUCUAAGAAGAGAAAACUGUCCUCUCCCCGGGGUUCAGAUAAAACUGAAAAUGAGCCCCCCAACGAGACAACUGUGGCUGUGGAGAGUGAGCAACAACCUGACAUUAAGGAUGGAGAUGAUGUACAAAAGGAUGCAGGAAAGGCACCAAAAGUCUCCAAAGCUGGCAAAAUCCCUCGAUACCAAAAGCUCCAACAGAAAAACAAGCCGCUGUUGAAGCCUGUCACUCCUAACUUUAAAAAGCUCCACGAGGCUCACUUUAACAAGAUGGAAUCUAUUGACUCCUAUGUCCAGAGAAAAACCAAACAGAUGGAUGCCUACAGAAGUUCAGUCAAAGAAGUAAAGACACGUUCUGUGUCCCAGGAAGUAGAUGGCAAGGCACAAGCUAAAGCAAGCUCCGUGUUCAGCCCUAUUCCAGUGAAGAAGCCAGUUGCUGAAGAAAAACGAAGACAUACUUUUCUUUCAGCUAGUAAAGCUCCGCCAAACAAAGCUGCUGGGAAGGAAGGUGUAGCAUUCAGACCGUCUGUUCUUUCCACCCGCAGGAUCAAUGUGCGGUUUUCAGAAGCCACUCAUGACAACGAACAUAAAAAGUCCAUGGUAAAGACACCGUUGCGUAUGUCAUCUUGUGUGACUUCGAGCACCCCUCAAAAACUGUCUGACACAGUGAAGGCCAACAAUGUCAAGACCUCAAUGUUGUCUGCCACAAAGACUCCAGGACCAUUCGUUUUCACUGGUAACACAAGUAUUUCAACUCCUGGAACCCAAAAAAAGCCAAGCUUUGAUCUGCAGGCGAGUCUGGCUCGUCCACUCAACUAUAAGCCUCAUAAAGGUAAACUGAAGCCAUUUAGUGACGUCAAAGAAAACACAGCAGCAGCAGGAAACACAACAGCAGCAGGAAACACAUCCACUGUCCCAAACUCUCAUCAGAAAAAUUACAAACAGCACCAAGUCAAAACCAGGGAGGAUAGAAGAGCAAAACAGACAGAGCAAAGGAAGCAGAAGAAAGCAAGCAUGCUCGGAGCAAGAAGGGGUCUUGUCAUGAUGUGAUGCCUCUGGCAUCAGAUGCUUAUCUGGAUGUUUGUACAGCCUGUUCCAAUGUAAAUAUUUUAUCAUUUAUAUCCUGUUUCUGUGACCUUGAGGAAAAAUAGAUGAUGGUUUUUAUUUCUUCUAUUCAGCCUACAUUUAGUUUAGCUUUGAUUCAUGUAUUGGGUGAAAUUGUUUGUGAACGAAUGUAUUAGUAUUAGAAUUGUUGUUCUAGUUCUUGCUAAACAUUUGUUUAUAAAAAAAGAGAAUGAUGCUUUGUCUUUUGAAUAAAAAGAUUAUGUAAGCAGCAACCUGUUCUUACAAUAAAAUUGCUAUUAAAGUUUAACAGCAUGUAGCAAAAAAUGACUAAAUUCA